AUGGUUUUUCUCAAGGCCACUUGGUCUCAAGAUUAUCUGGAGACGCUAUUACAGCCAUAUAUUCAUUCAUUUAUUCAGCAACUUCCGCACUCAUUCUUUGAAGACGGUCGGAAACUUACGGACGCUUACUGUUCCAACAAGCUCUCAGGUAUCUUUUCGUGUUUUUUUGAGCGUGCAGACACCCUUCUUGGGUUGAAGGCAGGGGUGCAGCCUCAAACAAAGAUCCCCCAUUAUCUCCUAAGCAAUACUAAAACACGCAAUAAGACGCUUCACCUUAUUCUGCGGAUGAUUAUCUCUCAUUCAUCGGAGGCAUCGAUCAUGCUCAGGUAUGACGCUGUUUACCAGCACAUCUCCUCCAUGGCAACUGACGAGUUCCUAUCGCUCUAUGCGAAGUGUUAUGCAGCUAUUAAUGAAGAGAGGAUUGGCAAGCAAUAUAUCUUGAUCUUUGAUCCUCACAUGCCAGUAGAGUUAAAAAGAUUGCUUGGGGAGGCGUGUAACAAGUUCAAAAUCUCGUCCUAUUUUGCGCCAUCUUCAGUAGCAGUAGUAGGCAAGCAUUCCUUUUCAGUUCACGCUGACGAAAUUUACUAUCACGAUGAGGAUCGGGAUACGACACAAAAGCAGGAUGAUGACUCACUUAGUUCCUGCAACCAGCUCGGCAAAGUAUUUACCUCAGCUGUCCCACUUGUGUUGUGUGCUCCAUGGUUUCCGAGUGGCGACGAUAAGCUGCGAAAAGUAAUUGUUCAGCCUAGACGAGGACGAUUGCAGGACAAUCUCGCCAUUUCACGAAUCUCCUUCCGCAUAUUGGAAUUUGUAGAAGACCAGUACUUGGUGCACAUGUUACGGUCUCCUCCUUCGUACGACACAGUGGAACAGAAGCAGCUUGUUGCAGAGGCCAAGGGGGUAAAGCCUACUGCAAGUGAGGUAGUCCCCCUUCUAGGGUCCCGCGCCCUACUCUCUUUUGACAACUCCAUUGAUGCACAGAACUUUAUAGAUGCUCUGGACACCUUCUCUUCAGAUGCCUCCGCACAAUCAGACACCCAUGAAUCUGUUUCACCCAGGUCUGUGUGUCUUGAAGUUGUCUUUCUGUCGCUCCAGUGGCUUUUGGAUUCGUUAAACUACAAUGAGCUAUGUGAGCUAUCAGACUAUACCGAGCAAAACAUAACCUACGUUCCCAUAGCUGCCCUCGAGGAGUCAGCGAAUGUGGCGGCUGCGCCCUUAUCACAGCCCUCAGAUAAUUCUUGCAAAUACUACGAAUGCCACUGUGGAGGAUGUAGAUUUGUUUUUCGAGAUAUUGAGUUUACGAGCCCCAAUCUUAGUUACUUCUACACUAACAUGCGAGCCCAUCCUGAGAAGUACGAGUCCUCCUUGAAUCUUUUAAAGAAAAACAUAGGAUAUACCCUUAGUCCAGCUGACAGUCAAUCAGGCAUAAACGAGAGAGAUGCAGAGACAUAUAACUAUGAAAAAAUAAAUGUCACACUCUCUUUUGGCACAUUAUCUUUUAGAGAUGCUCCAAACGAACAUAGGAUGUUAUCAUUUCACGGUGUCCUUUCGACCAAGGAUGUUGUCGAUAUUCUGUUCAGUCCAACCUCAGACCCAUCUAAGUGGCAGAACGGACACCUGCCACAUGCUCUCUUGGCAGGUGCUAAGGAGGACUCGCCAGUGCUGAGCCAGUUAAUAGAUCAUCAGACAAAGGCAGCACUAGACGAUGCUCAGUGCACUAUGACUUUGAGCAACCCGCGCUUCUUGGGACGAAAGUGUGAGGUCUUGAAAGAGCACUUUCUAUUGACAGCAUUUAGCUAUAUUUAUAAUAGUAAUUUUGACAGUGAUACCGAAAAGAUACUGUUAUCCAUAAUUCGGUGUAGUGAUAAUCAGCUAGAGUUGCGCAAAUAUUUGAAGAUACCCGAUGAACAGGGAAAUCUGGUCCCUGUUUCACAGAUAAUGGACGAGUUUAAGUGCCAUAAAUAUAAGUACCCACCUGUCCUAGACACCCUCUUGUUUGGUCCGCAAUUCACGGGGGUUGCCGAUGACGGUAGGGCGUAUGGACACACCGGGUCAGGGCUUAUUGUGGCCAGACAGGUACUGGAUGGAGAGAUAGAGUGCAUGCUUGACUUUAAAAGCCCAGCCCCCCGUACUCAUUCUAGCUAUUCAAGCUUGUUCCAGGUGACACCGAACAAGUGGUUCGAAGAUGUAACUAUCAUGUAUCCGCUAGAAAAGGGCUACUUCGCAUCGGAGCUGUCUAAUGGGAAGUUACGAGAACAAGACUAUAUCCUGUUUAGAAAUACGAUAAUACAUUACUAUCUAACCACGCAGAAGCGUCCGUUCAAAUGUUUUGUACUGUAUGACAUCCUUCCUGUACCAGUUGACACAAUCCAUAAGAUCUAUAAGUUUGUGGUGCAGGAGGGGCUUAUCAAUUAUAACACAGAAAGCGCUAUGCCGUUGAGCUCGUUGAUCUUUGCACCAGGGGUCGGGUACAGUGCAAGAGACUCAACUGCCAAAGAGGUGUCUCUGAAUCCCGGCUCUCUGGACGUCUCCACGACUCAGCAGGUACACAGGCAGACAGUCGUUAACUAUAGCGAGACUAAGCUAACAAACCCGUUAAUACAACAUCACGCCUUGCUAGGAACGACGCUGUGCCAAUCUAGUGAGCAGAUAGAGAAGAUGGUGAAUGAGGCGAUAUCAUACAUGGAAACUCACAGAACCCCACUUGGCCUGGCAAGCCUUGGUGCACGGCAACUCAUCAAUGCCCUGGAGGAUGUACUGACGAAUAUGGACUACUAG